CGCCGCGUCUCCUGCCUCCGUCAGUACCGAAGGUAACUCCGUGCGUAAAGCUCCUGGACACCAGACGGACAUCGUACAGUUUCAACCUCUGCUUCACUUCUCUGAAGACCGAAACCGAAUAAAAUCAUCCCUCGGCGUUUCAAGAAACAAACGGGAAACAGUUAAUGAUUUAAAGCAGUUUUAUUUAUUUUUUUAUAAUAUGUAUUUUGUUGCUCUCACCAGUGCCGUUUUUCCUUAGAGCCUGUAGCCUACUAAUGGCUCGCACCCAAGGCGCUGCACCGACUCGGUUAAAUUAUAAAGAGUAAACAAUGUGCAAAGCAAAUGAAAGAUACGAGCUAACUGUGGAUGCUCUUGGAUUUAACAGCCGGUGCCUGUAAAAACAAAGAUUCAGUAAAACUUAUGGCGUGAAGGGCCCGUUCUUGGCCUUCGUCACUCACAGCUAAUGGAUGUCUUUACCCAGUACGCCUACAAUGACAGUUUCAAUGAUAAUGGAACAUGGAGCUUCAACGAAACAGAUCAAGAGCACAAGCACCCUUACAACUACUAUGCCAUGCUGCUUACUCUGCUCAUCUUUGUCAUCGUCUUCGGCAACGUGCUGGUGUGCAUAGCUGUGUCCAGAGAGAAGGCCCUGCAGACCACCACCAACUACCUGAUCGUCAGCCUGGCUGUUGCUGACCUUCUGGUGGCCACACUGGUUAUGCCAUGGGUCGUCUACUUAGAGGUAGUGGGAGAGUGGCGCUUUAGCAAAAUCCACUGUGACAUCUUUGUCACUCUGGAUGUGAUGAUGUGUACAGCCAGCAUCCUCAAUCUGUGUGCCAUCAGCAUUGAUCGUUACACAGCAGUUGCAAUGCCAAUGCUGUACAACACUCGCUACAGCUCCAGGAGAAGGGUCACAGUAAUGAUCUCGGUGGUGUGGGUACUGUCUUUCGCCAUAUCAUGUCCCCUAUUGUUUGGCCUAAAUAACACAGCUACUCGUGAUGAGUCUCUCUGUGUGAUCGCCAAUCCGGCCUUUGUGGUAUACUCCUCCAUCGUGUCCUUCUAUGUUCCCUUCAUCAUCACUCUGCUGGUUUAUGUGCAAAUUUAUGUGGUCCUGAGGAAGCGCAGAAAACGUGUAAACACCAAACCGAAGCAGCGUGUCUGUCAGGAUCCUGACCCUGAUGUGGCCACUUCGCUGAAGGAUAAGUGCACUCAUCCAGAGGAUGUGAGGUUGUGCACCAUGAUUGUUAAAUCUAAUGGGAGUUUUCCUGCCAACAAGAAGAAAGUGAUAUUCAUCAAAGAUGUAGUCAAUGAGGGGGAAGAUCUGGAGCUGGAUGAGCUGAACAACAGUGGCAGCAGCCAGAAACAGAAACAGCAACCACAGUGUGCUCUUGGAGACACUCCGGCCACCAGCCACCAGCUUUUGAUGCCUAACAAGGCCAACGCUAGCCCCUGCACCUCCACACCUCCCACACCCCCUCAGGAGCGCCAGAAAGCCGAAAAGAACGGCGAUCCUACCAAGGAGGCCCCGGGGGAUCCAGCACCCAUUGUGGCCAAAGCCUUCCAGACACAGGCCUUACCUAAUGGCAAAACUCAGACCUCUGUGAAAACCAUGAGCAAGAGAAAGAUCUCCCAGCAGAAGGAGAAAAAGGCCACUCAGAUGUUAGCCAUCGUCCUUGGUGUAUUCAUCAUAUGCUGGCUGCCGUUUUUCAUUACACAUAUCUUGAACACCCACUGCACAAAAUGCAAGGUUCCUGCUGAGAUGUAUAAUGCUUUCACUUGGCUGGGCUACGUGAAUAGUGCUGUAAAUCCCAUUAUAUACACCACCUUUAAUGUCGAGUUCAGAAAGGCAUUCAUUAAGAUCUUGCACUGCUAAACUGCAGCAUAACUUGUCUGAUCAGACUGAGGGAAGAGCGAUGAAUAAAAGCAUCUCUUCUGGCGAAUACCUCAUCCUGUCAAGGAAAAGGCACCUUGCAAACUGCGAUCUGCUUUUUAAAGUUAUGGAGCUGAGUGACUGAAAAACUGAAGUGUCUUAUUGAAAGGCAUGUUGGCUCUACAGUACAUGUGAAUUGUUUGUGGAGUCCUGUUCUCCAAAUCACUGAAUGUAAAACAAGAAAUGUCUGUAACAAUGACCUGUUUCAUGGAGAAAAGGCAAAUGUAACAUUGUUCUCUAAAAUCAUUGUACUUGUCACAUAAGGAGCCAUCUGUGUAUACCACACACAUACAAGUUGCAAACUGCUAUUUAUUGUGUGUGUACUUUGUGUUUUCAUGGUGGAAAUUUUCUACAAAUCUUAUAGAUAUCAAGUCAGUGUUCAUUGCAGUGUUAAAACUGAUAUGUGAGCUCUUAAUCUUAAAACCUAUUACUGAUUAGAAUGUGUUAAAGACAAGAGACAAUUUACUUGCUGUAUGAUGUGGCUAUACCAAUAUCCACAGAUUUGCAAUUUUAUAAAUUGAAAAAUCACAUAUUAUUAUUAUUAUUAUUAUUAUUAUUAUUAUUAUUAUUAUUAUUGUGAUUAUUAUUUGCUGGACAUAGUUUUCUUAAAACAUUAACUGUGAUUAUACGCCUGCAAGGAAAUGUGAUGCAUGCUACACUGCUCCUCUACUUGACUUCUCAUGAAAUGUAUGUUUAACAUAACAUUACAAAAGAUUUCCAAUAAAUGAAGUUCUGAGACAAUGUUAAGUGCCACAUGAAUAUCAGUAUUUGCCGUGUGUAUACAGAUACACUCAUAAAUGUAUUGACAUUACUCAGCAGCCUCUCUUUUUCUCCCAGGUAUGGUUUUCAGUUUGAGUAAUGUUGUUUACUGGAAGUAACUCUGAGCACUGCUGCAGUGGAGUUGUUCCGUGGCAAACUAAUGACCGGUACGUGGACUUUGCAGCUUCGAGGUAUAAUCAUGUGGAUGUGUGCAACCCCUGAAGCAGCUCCCCGGGGGCCUUUGCUGAGUAAGAAUGAGGUGAACUUGGCAAAACUGAAAUAAUAGAUACAGCAAUUACAUCUGUGUGUUGUUUUGGCUGAAAAAUCCUACAUUUCAUUUCAAUUGUCAGGCGCUGUAGUCCAAAAGACAAGAAAAUAAACUCUGCAAAAAAGUGUUUUUUUUAUGAUGGAAUAUGUGUGGGAAUCUGUGUAAAACACAUGUUUCUUGUCCAGAUGCUGGGUCCAAAAAGUGUAUGGUGAUUUCUGCUUUCCAAAGACUCGCAACAAUGUGGAAUUCAUAA